AUGAGUCAAGAAAUUCAAGUAAAAGGAACGACGUGGAUACAAGGUUUAAAUAAAGACCAACUUGUCGCACUCUGCAUAGAAAACGAUAUCGAAUCGUCAUCAGAUAAAGUAGACGAGUUACGAGCAUUAUUACGCGAAUUCGUUAAAAAUAAAUUAGAUCAAAAUAAUACCACUACAAUAAAAGGAUUAAAAACGACUCAAAGUAAUGAAAAUAUAACGGGAACAAAUACAAGUGAGGUACAAAGUGAAAACGGUGCGAUAAGUGUAAUAAAGAAAAUGGAAGUAACCGGCAACUUGGAUUUUGAUAUCAAAAAAGACGAUUGGGAGCAGUACGUAGAUAGAAUGGAACAAUUUUUCAUAGCAAACGACGUAACAGACACGAGUAAGCAACGGGCAAUCCUUUUAAGUAAAGUUGGAGCAGAAAUGUAUGACGUCAUUGCCAAAGUAUGUAAGCCACAUAAGCCAGGUGCUAAAAGUUACGACGAAAUUAUUAAACUGGUAAAGAAGCAUUUAAAGCCGCAAGCAUCUCAUCUGGCUUACCGCUCCAAUUUCGGCCAACGAGUGCAAAAAGAUAACGAAAGUAUAAGUGAUUACGUGGCUGAGUUAAAAGAUUUAGCGAACGAUUGCAAAUUCAAUAAUUUGGAAGAUCAAGUAUUAGAUCAAUUGAUAAGUGGUUUGAAGAAUAAAAGUGUAGUAGCCGAGCUGCUAAAAAUAGAUGAACCAACACUAGAAGUAGCUCUAAAAAAAGCAUUAGCCACAGAAGCAGCAAACAAAGGAGCCGAAAAAUUGCAAGAAGCCAGCAGCAAGAAAUUUAAUGAUGAAUUCCACAAGUUAAAUAUAGCGUCGAAGAAUUCCCGUGGCAACAGAGGCGGAUUUGGGCGAGGCAAAGAUAACAAACAGUAUCGAGGCAGGAGUAGAGAACAAGGACAGCAAUAUCAACAUCAGAGUGGACAAACAUCAUCAGGAGCAAUGCAGAGGCCUGCGUUGAAACCAGCUACACAUGCAGGGUAUACGAUGGAUUGCUAUUGUUGUGCUGAUAUCACUUUGAUGAAUCACGAUGAGUCUCUGUACGAACCCGUAGGUAUGCUAAAGCGCGUUAAAGUAGAAGCAAACGGCAAUACAAUUUGGACUGAUGUUUACGUUACUAAAUCAAAAGGCCCAGCUAUCAUAGGUCGCCCAUGGUUAAAAGCUUUGGGAAUGUGGCCGUUAUACAAAAAUUUAAAAAUAAAUUCAAUGGAAACAGAAGCAAGUAUUACGGAAAAAUUAAAGGCAAUUUUACAUAAACAUGAAGCAUUUUUCUCACCCGGGCACGGUUCAUUUACGAAAGCAUUGAAAAAGGAUGUAGAAAAUGAAAUAGAUAGAUUAGUUGGACUUGGGAAAUCAGUUCCGGUGGAUAAGAGCGAGUGGGCUACGCCUAUCGUACCCAUUUUGAAACCAAAUGGCAAAUUACGAAUGUGCGCGGACUUUAAAGUAACCGUAAAUCCCCAACUAGUAACUAUGCGAUAUUCAGCACCUAAUUUUGAUCAUGCCAUUGCUAAAUUGCAAGGUGGGGCUAAAUAUACGAAAACUGAUUGUACAGAUGCAUAUUUGCAGAUUUUGGCAUUAGCUCAGCCCCAGGUAUUUUUCAAAAAUUAA